CAGUCAACAACGAACCCUGUGCUUGGGAACCACCGUUCUGUCGCAGCUUCGCUAAACUUGACCAUGAGCAGCUUGAAGAGCCACUUGAAGUGACGAUCGAGACACAAGGAUAAGUACAACCACAUUUCCAAUGUGAGCAAUCUGGCAUUUACCUCUUUAACCUACUUCGCUGGAGGCUACAAUUAAUUACGGAGGUUGUAACACGCAAUCUUUUUUUCUCAACGACUGACAUGGAAUCGUCUAGACGUGAGGUCGUGUAAUGUUCUAAGCCGUCCGACGUUGAGAUACAAGCUUCUUCGUAGCCAUGACUACAACGAGUGUAUAUGAAAUAUAUACUUACGAAACAUAUACUGAAAUCACGGAACUGAAUUUUACUGUAAACGCCACAGAACCGACAAUAGUUGAUACCAUCGAUGGACAGCCUGCUGAGGGGCGUUCCUUGCCCUCUGUGGCUCUUAUAUGGGUGCUGAUUACAUCAGGCAUCUUCCUGGUGAGUAUAAUGGUGAGCCAGACUUGUCAGUACUUGGUGAACCACACGGACCUUCUCGUCCCAUAUCGCCAGCGAGACGAGUUCCCGUCGGAUGCGGAGUCGUACGACAUUCCCAUGGCAAACGGAACCGACCACAUGUCGGUGAUAACCCUAACCCCUGAAAAGGAGCCUCCAUUUUCCAUGGAAGAGAUCGUGGAGAUCGUCACCCACCAAAUACGAACAGCCAAUGCCGGUGGUAAACUACCAUAUUCUCUUGAUGACAGGAGAAGAAAUUUUGCCGCUCGCGGAAAGGAUAGUGGGUUUUCGGAAACCGAAGACAUGGAUAGUGUUGCUACCGUUUCCAGUGAUGGCACUAGCCAACCGCCGCUUUUACUGGAGGCUUUGCCUAUCGCUGACAACGUAGCAAUUCCGACGGGUAGUCCUGGACAGUCCGUCCCCGCAUGUCUCUGCAACCACUGCGCAACCAGACAUAAGAGACAGCGGCAGCGACAAAAGCUUCAAAGACAAAGGAGGCAACAAUAUCUUCGCAAGCAGAGCUCGAGGCUUCAACACUCUCACAAACACAGCCAAAGACCGAGAGAUGCUUUAAAAGACGUCAAUGAUAAACAUAUAACUGUCUCCAUCCCCAUGGAAAACCCAUCUACCAGUAGAGACCAAGCUGAUGCAGCUCCUUCAAAAGACACAAGCGAAGCCAAAGUCAACAAUAAUGAAGUGAAAAGAAUAAAGAAAAAAAUGUCAACAGGCUGGGAUCUUCCUAUCCUAAUGGUCAACGCUCCGUGAAGUCUGUGGCCCAGCUGAACAGGCAAUCUAGAUGAACAGCCAGCAAAAGCCUUAAAGUCACGUUUAAAACCGUACUUUAUCACAUAAUGUGCCGUUGGAGAGGAUAUACGAAAACAAUAUCCAUUAGUUUUGUGGCGGCUGCACUUCUUUUAUGUUCUUUACCUCUGUACCAGGGAUAUAUCCUGUUUGAAACAUCUGGGCCUCCUAGUUGUUAAGUCCUUAAAGCUGUGUCAUUCAUCACGGAGAGUGGAUCACUGUGUUCAGUGUGGACAUAUCUUCAACACGAUUCAACUGGAGGAUUCGGCGAGGCAGACAUCUACUUCAGGACGGACUACAGCCGGGGUGGUGAAUAUGACAACAGCGGGGCCGGGGCCGGGCAACAUCAGUACCACGGAGCCGACAGCCGAAGAUGUGUGGGUACGGGAUGAAGGUUGGCCGCCCACGGCCCUGGUGAUGUGCGGUAUAUUCAUAGGAGUGUUCGUCCUGAGCACGGUUGUCAGCAAGAGCUGCCAAUACAUUGUCAAUCACACCAACCUCAUUAUCCCCAACCCGAUAGAGAGCCCGGUCUCACCUCGGAGAACUGCCUCGGAGGACAGUAAGGAAUUCCUCGGCGGGAAUGAAAGACGGAAUCCCCCCGCCAAACCGUUACUGGUAGGCACCACGCCACACUACGACGUGAUGGACGUACUGAGUAUGCUGUAUUCCAUGGACGCCAACAGACAUCAUAGUACCGCCGGCGCCGGGACUAACGCUCAAAACACCAAAUCCCCAGAGCUCGGGAGCUGGACCAACAACAUCACUAGAGACAGACCAAAUGAACCUGGACAGGGUGAAACUAGAUUAACAGACGGUGAAAUUUCGGAAAGCCAAGAAACCAAAGACUCGUGCACUAGCACCAUGCAUAUGCAGGAGUUUUCGCGAUGUCCAGAAGUAGUGGUGCACUCACCAAGGGACAGUAAUGUCUGACUAUGGUGGUCAAAGAGUCGAUAACAGGGUAAGGUAGCAUAUGAGCUCACUAGUUUAGUAAUGGAUUUGCUAAAAGCUUUUGAUUUGAUUGUCUGUAAAUUUGUUUGUUUUUAAUCAAAGUUUCACCCAUCUUACUCUCUGCUUUUCUAAUUUUAGAUAAAUGUGUAUUUGUACAUCAUAAAAUGAUUGUACUGAUGACUUUGUAUCAAUUCAGACGACCAAUUCCACAGCCUCUUCCAGUAGGCGUGCUGCAUGCAUUUAGUAUGAGAUAACUGCAUUUCUAACAGCUCUGAAUUGUAGCUUCCACUGCGUGCAUAUACAUCAGGGCCAGGUAAACAGGGGAAUACAAUACAUGCCGAGCAGACAGGAUGGCUCAAUCUCUGCAAUGCUGCCAGGCAGCCUGACAUGUUAUGUGAGCAGAGUACUAGUGUGCCGAGGAGUCCAGCUUAGGCUUAGCCAUUCGUGGUUGACAUAGUCAGAGAUCGCUCAAACCUCACGGGAGGCUAACACGUAGAGUUUUCCAUGUUUUGUUCUUACGUACGUACCGAAGGAUGAAAACCUAAUUUGGAGAGCGCUGUCAACAGCUGAACCAGCCUCCUAUUCUGCACACGUCGUUUAUCGUAGAUGUCAGCGUUGUAACUUUAAUUACUGCCGAGAAAAGCCAUACUUUUAAUUGGUAGUUGGCUGCCAAACAGAUAUAGGUGCCACCAAGUGAACAAAGUACGUAAUGGAAGAGUUCUGGCAUAAAGUCGUAUUAGGCGUUGUGUCGUUUGGUCACCACCCCGUUCAUUAUUUCCACUGCAAAAUAACAUACGUUUAUGACAACGUGAGCGCUAUCACAAAAGCAGUUAAACGGUGGGUAAGGCUUGAAUAUGAAGCUAGUAUUGAAAACUGUGAAUGCACCGUGCGUAGACUGUAGAUGCAGACAGUGAUGUAUGCGUGUUCAGCUUUGCAGAACCUGAAUUUCAAUGACUACCGAAAUGACUCUGGAGACAUUGACACACUCAGUAGGGGAUUUGCAUUCGUAAUGAAGAAGACAGAGCGUCUUAAGAUUCCUUCCAGAGACUUUUCCAUCGGCUUAAGAAGCUACUGACGUAACCGCUUCACUUGACUGUGUAUAGAUAAAAGACGUUUAGACGUAAUGGUGCGAGGAAUAGAGCUAGGAUCGACCAUUACUAGAUGCAAGUACGCGUUUGCUAUGUCAUAGGAAUAUAUUUUUCAUCUCCAAAGUCUAUAAAUACUUAUAUAUCUAUAAACAGAUAGCAAAUGUAUGUACAAUGUGUCCAAUAUGUCUUAAAUGAGGGCUACCUAGCAAUGUAAUUAUAUGCAACAAGACGUCCUGAUCACCAAGCCUCUGCAGAGGUUGUCAUUUUUGCUAACAGUCCUUCCUAUCGCCUGUGAGAAGUACAAGCUUAGAAAUAUUGGAGAGGCCAUGGACUUAACCGGCUAAUAUGGGACUAACCCUUUAUUGCUAUGUUGGUAGUGUUUUAUACAUCGGGCGGCUCGGGUCAUUCGAACUUGAGAGGGAUCCGAGGACUGAUCAAAAGCCUGUUGGUAAGCACUUCGCUUGCGCAAGUGGCGUAUUUGGUCUUAAUUACGUCAAUUACCGUCACAGAUGACCCUUCAUACGAUUAAAUCGAACCACAUCUGUAUCAAUGAUCUUAUCGUUACUCCGAUUACAUCAUUGUCAACUCAUCGUCAAUCAUAA